AAAAACAGCUGUGAGCCGGUAUUACGCUAAAUUUACAGUCCUUUUUUAUUAUUGAUUAUAAAUUUUCGAACUAUGGAUGAAAUAGAAUAUAAAUUAAAAACAAAGACAAGCGUGUUAGUUGUCAAUGCAAUUGAUAAAUUAAUAUCGACUAUAAAAUCAAAAUAUAAGCCAGGGGAACGUCAAAAAUUUGUAUUAGAAAACGAAGAAUUAAAGUUUUUAAGAGAAAAAUGUUCGUCUCCGGACAGCAUGGUGAGCCUGACUGCCUGUCAGGGGCUACUGGCUUUGGUGGAACUAGGAGUACUGGAAAUAGCCCAUACAAUGUCUACAGUAGUCACUCUCUUGCCAAGUACACAUAAUUAUUCUGCAAUCAUAUCAACAAUGGCUGGACUAUUAGUUCUGGACUUGAAGUCCCGCUUGAUACCCGGACAGCAAUACAAAUGUCAGUUCUCACUGAGAUCCCCGCAGCAUCCCUUCAUAACUAUACUGGAGAAAAACAAAGACGUUGAAGAUGAUGUGCUGGCUCAAAUGCACGCUCUGUGCACUCAUCCUGAGUAUACGGUCGCGUCAAAUAGUUUAGAGCUACUACGGCCAGUGUUUCUAUGGCUGACGUGCAGUCCCCACCGUAGUCACAGCAUCAAACCCUGGCAGCUGCUCCUGAGCUUGCCACAGUCUGAUGCGCAGUCCAAGCUGCUAUUGACUUGUAUUAGUUGUCAACAAAUCUGUAACCCAAAACAAAUAGAAUCAGCGUUUGCGGCUUACUCGGCCGUGUGCGAUACGGCGAUAUACCAGCAGCGAAGAGACCACGUGGUCGCCUUCGUACCCAUGCUCGCGAGGGUAUGUGGCGAGUUAGUGAUUCACGGACGGGACCCAAGAGGCUGUUACAGCUUAAUAGAGAAGUGUUUCUCAACUGACGCACCAGAGUUGAAAACAGUGGCUGGUCUCACAGUGGCGCUGUUGUCACAGAACUUGAUACAUACCUCUGCACUGUAUCUUCACGAGCUGUUUAAUUUAUGUUUAAACAUAAUUAGCAAAUAUGAAUACUCAUCAGUAUGUCUAAGCGCCUUCGUCGGACUAUCUCUACAGUGGCUCCACCUACCUUCAUACCUAACAAACAACGCGUUAAAAGUAGCCGCCAAAAUUAUAGACAUACAUCAAAACACACAAAACCCGGACCCAGGACUUUUGGUAGCUAAUCUGAAGUACAACGAAAUAUUCCAAGCACUGGUACAAGUCGACAAAGAACUGUAUAUUUACUAUAAAUUACUACAUACAUGGGAAAGUUUGAAGGAUAAUGACGACAAAUUAAAGAGUUGGUUUGAGGGCUUGAUGACUGCGAAUGAUCAGUUAAAGCUGGAGAUGUUCACGUUUUUGGUGGGUGUUGUAACGGAGAGGCAAGGGAAUUUGGACGUUGUGUUGAAAGUGAUAAGGUUGCUUGUUGAUUUAGUUCGUGUUAAGAAGGAAGUGUCAGUGACAGUGUUGCCAGUGUUGUUGUACAAGAUAGCCAAUGAUGCUCGUCCUGCUGUCAAAUUGGAGUGCUUGAAGAGUUUGCCCUUGAUGGCUACUACUAAGGAAAAUGUACCCGCGCUUGUGGCGAUAUUGAAUAAGUUGAAAGUGGGCCGAGGAGUACCAACGUCUUUCCUCAUCAUGCUAUAUACCAGCCUAGCUGAAACACAGGCUCGCUGCUUCCCUUACCUGCAAGAGGCACUGGGGGAGGCCCCCCUCACCGAGCCUAAGUGGGAGCUGGACACGGCGCGGGCAAACGCCGUGCUCAAGAUAUGCGAGAUACGGCCCACCAGUAACGGCUUGGAGUUGGUGUCGGUGAUAUCGUCGCUGCUGACGCGCUGCACCGACCGCGCCGGCGCCGUGGCGAGCGCGUGCGCGCUGGAGGCGCUGGCGGCCCUGUGGCGCGCGGCCGCCGUGGCGCCGCCCGGCGCCUGGCGCGCGCUCGAGCCGCGCCUGGCCCGGGACGCGCGCCCGCGCGUGCAGCUCGGCUUAUGCAAGCUGUUAUCAGAAGUGCCUGGACUACGCGUAUCGACACAAGAAUACGACAAGCUUCUGUCCGACACGGCUCGUCGCCUCUGGCUUUACAUCGCCGAGUCGGAACAUCCAGAAGUUAUCCAGGCGGCCUGCGAGGCUCUCGCGCUGUACAGGAUCGAGGAUUACAAGCUGAAGGAUAUACCCGAAAUAUACAGACGGACAGUCAAGCUACCGCCCUCAUACUGUAAGACGCCUGCAGACGCUGCCAGGAAACCUGAGGACGUACUGGACUAUGUGCCUUGUGAAGUUUGGCCGGAAGUGUUCAAAAAUACAAAUUACGCCGCUCUUUCAAGCGUUGAAUACCUGGUGACCGAGUUGAUGGAACGAGAGAUCAAGGGCUACAGGAGUGGGUUGUACCAGGUUCAGCCAAGAGAGCCUCCGAGCUUGGCGCACUUGCCUGCAGCGAGCGUGGUCCGGGGGGUGAUGGAGUGCUUCCGGAGACAGGCAACAUCCCCAUCCUACGACUACCCAGAAGCAGUUCUCAUUUCCAUCCUCAACACGCUCUCGGCUGAAUUCCCAAAGCCUCUCCCACCUCUUGAUUUCUGCUUCCUUUACGAGGUGGUCCAUAGAGGUCGCCUCUGGAAAUCUGGUUGUGUGAAGUUAGCGGCCAGGCAAGCCAAUACCACAGUGUCUGCCAAACGUUUGAUUGAGAAUUUCUUGCAAGGCAUCGUGCCUGGGACGAGUGAGGAAUUCGACAUCGAAGUAUUCUUCGAAAACUUACCAAUAUUCUGUCGAACUGUACCACCGAACAACCUACGACCACCUCUAGAGAGAUGCCUCUCUGAAUCCUUCUCACAACUACCCAGAACCAGUCAAAACCCCCAGGAGUUGCCCUUCGUGAAGCAACUGAUGAAGAUCAAGGAGUGCCUGGAGUCGGAUAGGAUCCACGACGCUAAUAGGACGUUAUUGUCUCAAACAGUUGAGAACUACUUUUCUCUUCUCGAUGACGAACACGUGGCCUGGCCAGCGUAUCUCGAGACGUGUCCAGUACUAUGUACUAAACACCUAGAACGCAUGAGCUCCCCCAGUAGCUGGUGGGAAGUAACGGGCCCUUUACUGAGACACGCCACUGCUGUGAGGGCGAAACUGGCAAGCAACUCGCUCGUGUGGCUCAACGAGGCCAUCGAUGCCCAGGCUACUUACCCUGGUGAACAAGAGAACUCACUCCCCUGCAUGUUACCAGCGCUUCAGGCGGCUAAUACUGAGGACCAAACUACGAGGGACUGGUUCCUUCAGCUGAUGGCGAGGACUCAGGUCGCCUUCAAUGAGUCGGAGGACGAGGCCCAGCAGCGCUACCUGUGCGAGGUGUUCUCGCUGGCCGCCACCGUGUUCAGUGGGCUGUGGGCGCUGGAGCCGUGCAUCGCGCUGGCGCCUGCUUCGGUACUGCUGGCCGCGCGCCCCGCCUGGGCCGCCUGCGCGCUGCCGCUGUUAGAAUGGCUGUGCCACACGCGAGACAUCAUCCGGGACCCGAACACAGCACUCAGCUGCCAGCGCGCUCUAUUGGCACUGAGACACACCGAACAGUUUACUACUCAGAAAAUCUGGACCAGAAUAGAAAUGGACUUCGGAAAUAAUGCAAGCCAUUUAGAAGAUUAUUUAUAAUCGUGUGAUAUUAGUAUUAUUAAGUGUUGCCAUUUACGUCUUUGAUAUUGUUUAAUAAAAAUAAUAUAUCAAAAUAUGCUCUGUAACUUGUAUGUAAGAACUAAUAUGUUUUGAUUGAACACUAAUGUUUAUGUGGAAAAUAAAAUAUAUUAAAAGAG